AAUUAGAAAAUAACACCUGUUAAAAGACCUAAUUUUGUUUUUAACACCUUAAGAUUUCGAAGUUUAAUUAUAACACCUGUUAAAAAAUAAAAAUUUUGCUUUCACCACCAGAUAACAGAAACUGUGACGAAAUUUUUUGGUGGGGCCCACAUAGUCGUUUACCCUCCAAAUUCCAUCCCCUUCAAUUCGAAUUUAUCUUCUCUGUCAUUUAUUACCACCCAACUAAUUUUGCUUCAUUGAAUUUCGUCUGCAAAUCUUGAACAACCAAAAUUACUGCGAACAUUCAAACCCUAUACUGAUUGUUGUGAUUGAGAAAUUGAGUUGGAAGAGGAGGUGUCAAUAUUGGAGCGAAACAAGUCAGCGAGAUUCCGUCAGCCAUUUCCAACAUCCAAAAAGCUUGGACUUUUUCGUGGAUUCUGACAGCAACAGGAGUAAGAUUCCAAUACAGGGACUGGUUGAAGCUCUGUCUGAAGUUGUGCCUAAUGCAGAGACUAGGUUCUGUGUUAGGCACAUUUGGGCAAAUUUCAAGUUGAAGUUCACUGGAUCAGUUUUCAAAGAGCUCUUUUGGAGUGCUGCAAGAGCAACAACAUUUGUUGAGUUUCAGAUAGCCAUGCAACAGAUUAGGGAGCUUGAUGAGGAUGCUUACAAUUAUUUGGAGAACAUCCCCACUCAUCACUGGUGCAGACAUGCAUUCAGUGACAGUUGCAGGUCCAACAUGUUACUAAACAACAUGUGUGAGACUUUCAACUCUGUUAUCAGAGAUGCAAGAGACAAACCUAUCCUCACCCAAAUGGAAUGGAUGAGGAGGUACAUGAUGAGGAGAAAUAAUGAGAAGUGGGAGGACUCCAAGGAAAUCACAACCAACAUCACUCCAUAUGUGCAUAAGCUAUUUCAGAGGAUGAGCUAUGUGGCUAGGAAUUGCAUAAUUGAAGCUGCCAGGGAUGACACUUAUGAAGUGCAGCUGAAUGAUGACCAGGUUCUAGUUGACUUACCAAAUUGGUCUUGUUCCUGCAAUCACUGGCAAUUAACAGGCAUCCCAUGUAUUCAUGCAUUUGCAUGCAUAAUGGAUCAGAGGGUUGAUGCUGAGCAGUUUGUCCACCCCUAUUACACUAUGGACACUUACAGAGCAACAUAUGAGCCUGCAAUUCAACCUAUGCCAGGCCCAAAGCAUUGGGAGAGAGUGAACAUGAGAGAGCCUCAUCCACCAGCAUUCAAACAGCAGCCUGGAAGACCUAAACAGAAGAAGAGGAAGCUGGAACCUGGGGAGGGAACAUCUGCAACAGGAGGGGAGCAGGGAAGAAAGAGGAGGAAAAGUCAGUGUAGGAUUUGUGGUGGAUUUGGCCACUAUCCCAAGACUUGCAAGGGCCCACAUGAACCUGAACCAACUGAGCAGAGAACUGCAGGAAGGCCUCCUUUAAAUUCACCUUGGGUAGUUGAGCAAAGGAAGAAGAGGGAGAUCAAAGCUGCUAAGAAGAGUGCAAUAGGGGCUGGUCCAAACAACAUUGGGAAUAGGACUUUUCCCCAAGAGCAACCUGGCUGUGAACCAUUGAGUAAGAGGAAAGGUUCACACAGUCAACAAGGGCAGCCACAAGCCAAGCAUCACACCACCCCCUCUUCCAGCCAACCUGAACCCAAUGCUACUGGAGUGCAGACAAGGAGGGCUAAGCUGCUGACUUCCAGACAAGGAGGGCUGACACAAUGAUGUUUGAAUUGUUUUUCUGAACUUUAGUUGUUGGUUGUAUUUUCUGAACAAUCAGUUGCAAUAUUUGUAGCUUUACUUUUGGGUUUAGGACAAGGAUCCUGUUUUGUUAAAUUAAUACUUUGCUUUAAGGCUUUACCAGCCAAUUUUGUUAGGCACUGCAACAACAAAUUUGAUCAACAACUUAAAUGCAAUAUCAACUACUUAGGUACUUACUUAAUUCA